AUGGAAUCGAAGAAAGGAGGUUCGGCGAAAUCUCCAUGUCAAACUCCACGCUCGACUGAUAAGUCAAAUCGAGAUCUUCGAUCAGGAGACGCGAACUCAAACUCGAAUCAAUUCAGCAAGAGUGAGAAAGAAAAGGGUGUGAAUAUACAAGUCAUCGUUCGUUGCAGGCCAUUUAAUUCGGAGGAGACGAGGUUACAAACACCUGCGGUUCUCACUUGCAAUGACCGGAAGAAGGAAGUGGCUGUAGCGCAGAAUAUUGCUGGGAAGCAGAUUGAUAAAACGUUCUUGUUUGACAAGGUCUUUGGCCCAACAUCGCAACAAAAGGACCUGUAUCAUCAAGCAGUUUCUCCCAUUGUUUUUGAGGUUCUUGAUGGGUAUAACUGCACCAUCUUUGCGUAUGGGCAAACAGGAACUGGGAAGACAUACACAAUGGAAGGAGGAGCUAGAAAAAAGAACGGUGAGAUCCCGAGUGAUGCAGGUGUUAUCCCUAGAGCAGUUAAACAGAUAUUUGACAUACUGGAAGCACAAAGUGCUGCUGAGUACAGUUUGAAAGUUUCGUUUCUUGAGCUCUACAAUGAAGAACUCACGGAUCUUUUAGCUCCGGAAGAAACAAAGUUCGCAGAUGAUAAGUUGAAGAAGCCUCUGGCCCUUAUGGAAGAUGGGAAAGGUGGUGUUUUUGUCAGAGGGCUGGAAGAAGAGAUAGUGUCUACUGCUGAUGAGAUUUACAAAGUCUUGGAGAAAGGAUCAGCCAAGAGACGCACAGCAGAGACUCUUCUCAACAAGCAAAGUAGCAGAUCUCAUUCAAUAUUUUCGGUUACAAUCCACAUUAAGGAAUGUACUCCAGAGGGGGAAGAGAUUGUCAAAAGCGGAAAGCUAAAUCUUGUUGAUCUUGCUGGUUCAGAGAACAUUUCACGGUCUGGUGCUCGAGAGGGUAGAGCCAGGGAAGCUGGCGAGAUCAACAAAAGUUUGCUCACUCUGGGACGUGUCAUAAAUGCUUUGGUUGAACAUUCUGGUCAUAUUCCAUAUAGAGAAAGCAAGUUGACAAGAUUAUUGAGAGACUCGUUGGGAGGAAAAACAAAAACAUGCGUAAUUGCUACAGUUUCACCCUCUGUUCAUUGCCUGGAAGAAACACUCAGCACCCUUGAUUAUGCACACCGUGCCAAACACAUCAAAAACAAACCAGAGGUUAACCAGAAGAUGAUGAAAUCAGCUAUUAUGAAAGAUUUGUAUGGAGAAAUUGAACGUCUGAAGCAAGAGGUCUAUGCCGCAAGGGAGAAAAAUGGAAUUUAUAUUCCAAAGGAGAGGUAUACUCAAGAAGAAGCUGAGAAAAAGGCUAUGGCUGAAAAGAUAGAGCUAAUGGAAGUAGAGGGUGAAGCUAAAGACAAGCAAAUACUUGAGCUUCAAGAGCUGUACAACUCGGAACAGCUUGUAGCUGCUGGAUUGAGAGAGAAGCUUGAUAAGACUGAGAAAAAGCUCUAUGAAACUGAACAAGCAUUGUUAGACCUCGAAGAGAAACAUAGACAGGCAGUUGCAACAAUUAAGGAGAAAGAGUACUUGAUAUCCAAUCUCCUUAAAUCUGAGAAAACACUUGUUGACCGUGCCGUCGAGCUUCAGGCCGAGUUACAAAACGCAGCCUCCGAUGUUUCAAACUUGUUCGCCAAAAUUGAGAGGAAGGACAAAAUCGAAGACAGUAACAGAUCGCUCAUCCAAGAAUUCCAGUCACAAUUGCUACUCCAACUUGAAAACUUGAACAACAGUGUUGCAGGCUCAGUGUGCCAACAGGAAAAACAAUUGCAAGACAUGGAAAAAGUUAUGGCUUCUUUCGUUUCUGCAAAGACAGAGGCUACUGAAACAUUAAGGAAGAGUUUAUCGCAGUUGAAGGAAAAGUACAAUUCAGGGAUCAAAUUUUUAGAUGACAUAGCAGGAAACCUUGAUAAAGACAGCCAAUCGACGUUGAACGAGUUAAACUCUGAAGUGACGAAACAUUCUUGCGCACUGGAAAACGUCUUUAAAGGAUUCACAUCAGAGGCUUACACGCUACUUGAAGGGCUUGAAAGCAGCCUUCACAACCAAGAAGAGAAGCUCUCUGCAUUCACGAAGCAGCAACGCGAGUUACAUUCCCGUUCGAUGGAGUCUGCUAAGUCCGUCUCCACGGUGAUGUUAGACUUCUUCAAGACUCUAGACACUCACGCCGAUAAACUAACGAAGCUAGCGGAAGAUGCUCAAAGCGUCAACGAGCAGAAACUAUCUGCGUUCACUAAGAAGUUCGAGGAAUCGAUUGCGAAUGAAGAGAAGCAAAUGCUUGAGAAAGUAGCGGAGUUGCUAGCGAGCUCGAAUGCGAGGAAGAAAGAGUUGGUUGAGAUAGCUGUGAAGGAUAUUCGUGAAGGGUCGUCUUCACAAACCGGUGCAUUGCAAAAGGAAAUGUCUUCAAUGCAAGAAUCAGCUUCUUCAGUCAAACUCCAGUGGAACUCUCACAUGGAUGAAGCGGAGACUCAUCAUCUCGAUAACAUUUCUGCUGUUGAGGUUGCAAAGGAAGAUAUGCAGAAACUGCUCCUAAAAUGCUUGGAGGAUUCGAGAACCGGUACUCAACAAUGGAAGACGGCUCAAGAAUCAUUGGUGGAUCUAGAGAAGAGGAAUGUUGCAACUGCGGAUUCUAUUAUCCGAGGAGCAAAAGAAAACAAUGAAAAGCUACGAGAUGAGUUUUCUUCUGCGGUUUCAACCACUUUGAGAGACGCAGAUUCAGUAAACAGUGAAAUCCUCUCAUCCAUUGACCAGUCGUUGAAACUCGAUAAAGACGCAUCAGCGGAUAUUAAUUCCACGAUCGGUCCAUGUUCAGGAAGCUUGAAAGAGCUAAGAACACAACAUGACGACAAUGUUGUCGAAAUCAAACAAAACACUGGGAAGUGUCUUGGUCAUGAGUACAAGGUGGAUGAAGCAACGAGCUCAACGCCGAGGAAGAGACAAUACAACAUUCCAGCGGUAGGAUCGAUCGAAGAGCUAAAAACGCCGUCGUUUGAGGAAUUGUUGAAGGCGUUUCGCGAUUCUUCCAAGUCGCCGAAACAAAUGCUGCAGCAAGCUAACGGAGAAGCUAAACACGUUAGUAGUAACGGUCGACCUCCGUUAACGGCCAUCAACUGA